CAUCAGAUUGCACAGCGCUCAAAGUGCAGCUAGUUUUUGGCGGUAAGUUUUUUUCGCUACACUGUAGAUCCGCAACAGCUAAUGCAGCAGCAACAGCAGCAGCAGUAGCAGUAGCAGCAUUAAGCUCAACCGGGAAUGGGGAUGAGUGCGCAAAUGCCAGGCGUUCUCGGUGGACCAGUUGGGCAGGUUAGCCCGCAGUGCCCGCAGGCGAGCAAUAUACAUGAUAUGCAGAAGCAUGCUCUUCAACAACUGAUACAGAUUCUCAGGAGCCCAUACACACCCGACCAGCAAAACCAAAUACUCCAAAUACUCAAGAGCAACCCAUCGUUAAUGGCAGCCUUUAUCAAGCACCGACAACAACUUGGUCAGCAUGGCGGGAGGAGUCGGUAGCCCUUUGGGUUCUAAUCAACCCUAACAACAAGCUGGUUUGCAGCAUAUGAUGUCCCAACAGCAGCAGCCGCAACAUCAGUAGCCACAGCAGUAUGUAAACUACUGAACAAUUAAAACAUAAAGUGAGAGAGGACGAUCCUCUACAGAACUUUUUUGAAAGAAAAUUUGCUUGUCCGAAAGAUGAAACAAAAUCAUCGAAAGUAAUAGCAAACAUUUCAAAUAUUGAAAAGUGUAAUUUUCCUACAAAUAAAUACAUUUAAAAAAAG